AAAAAAAGAAAUCCCAGUGGUGCUUAAAUUUGAUUUGAAAACUGUUGAGUGUGAUUUAAGAUGUAUUUAGUCAGUAAUUUGCCUCCUGGAUGUGUUGUUUUGCCAAAAUGUUUGCAAGUUUGGUUUUGCUCCUGUCUACAUUGAUCCUGCAGCCCCCCACCAGAAUCUCGUGACCGCGCGUUCAAAACUCAAGCGUGGCGAAGAAGACUACCGUGAACGCGCACAGCAGCCUUGACGUCACUCAGGCGCCCUGGCUCUCCUGAGCCGCUGGUACUGCUGGCAAAAGAUGGGAAAAUCGUACAGACAUCUACUGAGUCAACAGCAUAAAAUGAAGAUUUUUGCAGCAGAUUUCCAUUUGACAGAGGAUUCAACUGUGACACCGCUUUGAGCUACAGCUGUCAACGGAAAAGGAUCAACUGUGUUUUAUCCACAGAUCUGUGUCAUUACAUGUAGUACUGGACAGCUCCUGUUGAAGAAGGGAAGACUGUCAGCAUUGUCUGUUCAGGAAAGUGGAGCUCACCAGACCUCUGUUUUGUCAUGAACAUUGUGCCCACCGUCUUCAGUUGAGGCAGGAUUACCAAGACGAAUUCAUAGAAUUGGUGAAAGUCACAAACACAGAACCAGCAAGAACAAACACCAACAGUUGAGUUCUGCUUUGAAUUCUGCUUUCUGCUCCAUUCUUCCAUUUCGGAGAAGAUGUACGGUAGUGCCCGAUCUGUUGGCAGAGAGGACGCCAACCAUAGUGGAGGAAGAGAUGGCGGUGGUUCCGGUAAUCAGGGAUCAGGCCGUUCCCCUCGCCUUCCCCGUUCGCCUCGGAUGGGGCACCGUCGCACUAAUAGCACUGGAGGCAGUGGAGGGGGCCCUGGAGGAGCUGGAGGCAAAACAUUAUCCAUGGAAAACAUCCAGUCCCUCAACGCUGCGUAUGCCACUUCAGGACCGAUGUACCUAAGUGACAAUGAGGUUGCCAUGGCAGGUGACCACCUUCCAAAAAGUGGUGGUACAGUGACGACAAUGGGGAGACAAAGGGUGACAUAUGGAUCAAGGGGCAGCAGCAGUGGAGUUGUGGCUGCUAGCACCCCAAACAUCUCCACUACAGUGCCUGCUAAUGCUGUACUGCCAGCAGGCAUGAUGGCAGGUGAUGCCCUAGCUUUUGGGGACCACCACAUGGCCUCCACUGUGCCCCAUUCUCUGAGGCAGGCCAGAGACAACACUAUACUUGACCUGCAGGCCCAGCUGAAAGAGGUUCUGCGUGAAAAUGAGCUGCUGCGACGAGAAGUGGAAGUUAAGGAGAGCAAGCUAAGCUCUUCCAUGAAUUCAAUCAAGACCUUUUGGAGUCCAGAGUUAAAGAAGGAGCGCGCUCUCAGGAAAGACGAGGUUUCGAAGAUAACGGUCUGGAAAGAACAAUACCGUGUGAUUCAAGAUGAAGCACAGCAUCUUCAAAUGACUGUUCAGGCUCUCCAGGAUGAGCUGAGGAUCCAAAGAGACCUCAACCAGCUGCUCCAGCAGGACCCCGCCAGCCAAAGUCGGGACCUGGCACUGUCAUCCGAACCCACAGAGGAGAACUACCGGCGGCUACAGGGGGAGCAUGAGAGGCAGGCCAAAGAGCUCUUCCUCCUUAGGAAGACCCUGGAGGAGAUGGAACUGAGGAUUGACACGCAGAAGCAAACACUGGGAGCCAGGGAUGAGUCCAUCAAGAAACUGCUGGAGAUGCUGCAGAGCAAAGGGCCAUCUGCCAAGGCAUCAGAGGAGGACCAGGAGCGAACCAGAAGACUGGCUGACGCAGAGAUGCACAGGCAUCACCUUGAGAGUUUACUGGACCAGAGAGAGCGAGAGAUUAAUGCACUAAGAGAGGAGCUGCACCGCCGAUAUGAAGGAACCUCAGAGUCGACUAAAACCAAGGCUCUUCAGACUGUCAUCGACAUGAAGGACGCAAAAAUCAACUCAAUGGAGCGGAACCUGAGAGACAUGGAGGAGGAGCUGCUAAUGAUGAAAUCAAAUGGACUUCUGAGCUGCGAAGAGCGUCAGGAAGAGAUGAAGCAGAUGGAGGUGUACCGCAGCCACACUAAGUUCAUGAAAAACAAGAUGGAGCAGGUGAAGCAGGACCUCUCCAGGAAGGACACAGAGCUUCUUGGCUUGCAGACCAAGCUGGAGACGCUCAAUAACCAGUUUUCUGACAGCAAGCAGCACAUCGAAGUCCUUAAGGAAUCCCUCACUGCUAAGGAGCAGCGAGCCGCUAUCUUACAGACGGAGGUGGAUGCCUUGCGUCUGCGCUUGGAAGAGAAGGAGGCAACUUUGAAUAAGAAGAGCAAGCAGAUACAAGAAAUGUCAGAGGAGAAGGGCACACUCAAUGGGGAGAUCCAUGACCUGAAGGACAUGCUGGAGGUUAAGGAGCGCAAAGUGAAUGUGCUACAGAAGAAGAUUGAGAACCUCCAGGAGCAACUGAGGGACAAGGAAAAGCAGAUGAGCAGUCUAAAGGAGAGGGUGAAGUCUUUGCAAGCAGACACGUCCAACACCGACACAGCCCUCACCACACUGGAGGAGUCUCUUGCAGAAAAGGAGCGCAUCAUCGAACGUCUAAAAGAGCAGCGAGACAGAGACGACCGGGAAAAGACGGAGGAGCUCGAUCGCACCAAGAAGGAACUUAAAGAGUUGAAGGAGCGACUGAGUUUACUGCAGGGAGACCUGUCAGACAGAGAGUCGUCUCUGUUGGACCUCAAGGAGCAUGCUUCAUCCCUGGCCUCCUCAGGGCUGAAGAAGGAUUCCAAACUCAAGAGUCUGGAGAUCACGUUGGAGCAGAAGAGGGAGGAAUGCCUCAAACUGGAGAAUCAUCUAAAGAGGGUUCAGAAUGCAGCCCUUGAGGCUCAGGCGAACACUGAGCUUGUGGAGCGCAUUAAGAACCUCGAACAGGAAGUGGCUCGCCACAGGGAGGAUUCUGGGAAGGCUCAGGCUGAGGUGGACCGCCUACUGGAGAUCCUUCGGGAAAUGGAGAUUGAGAAGAAUGACAAGGACAAAAAGAUUAAUGAGCUGGAGAGCUUGGCUUCCAGGCAGAUGAAGGACCAAACGAAGAAAGUAGCGUCCCUGAAGCACAAGGAGCAGGUGGAGAAGAGCAGGAAUGCUCGGCUCAUGGAGGAGGCCAGGAAGAGGGAGGACAACAUGUCUGAGAGCUCCCAGCAGGUGAAGGACACUCUGCGUCUGAAGACGGAGCGCAUAGAGGAGCUGGAGGAGGCCCUGAGAGAGAGUGUUCAGAUCACUGCGGAGAGAGAGAUGAUACUGGCUCAGGAGGAGGCAGCUCGGUCUCUCAAGGAGAAGCAGAUGGAGGAGCUGCUGGGAGCCAUGGAGAAGGUGAAGCAGGAGCUGGAGUCCAUGAGGGCUAAGCUGGCCUCCACCCAGCAGUCUCUGUGUGAAAAGGAGGCACACCUCUCCACCCUGCGAGCGGAGCGCAGGAAACACCUGGAGGAGGUGCUGGAGAUGAAGCAGGAGGCGCUGUUGGCUGCUAUCAGUGAGAAGGACGCAAACAUUGCGCUGCUGGAGUUGUCCUCCUCUAAAAAGAAGAAGACCCAGGAUGAGGUGGCUCUGCUGAAGCGAGAGAAGGACAGACUGGUGCAGCAGCUGAAGCAGCAGACUCAGAAUCGAAUGAAACUGAUGGCAGACAACUAUGAAGAUGACCAUCUGAAGACUGCCCCGGACCACACAAAUCACAAACCCUCUCCAGAUCAGAUGAUCCCCCCUCUUGUAGCCCUGUCCCAGAACCGCAGUAAGCUCAAGCUCUACAUCGCCCACCUGACAGACCUCUGCCAUGACCGGGACCCUACCAUCCUCAGCCAGCUCACACCGCCCUCUCACUACCACCACAGCGACCCCGAAGACUGGGAGGACGAGGUCCAGAAGAUGAGUGUGGAACAGUUGGAGCGGGAGCUGGAGGUGUGUGAGAAGGAGAGUGGAGAGCUGCAAGAGUACGCCAACUCUGUCCUCCAGCAGAUUGCAGAUUACUGCCCAGACAUCCUUGAGCAGGUAGUCAACGCUCUGGAGGAGUCAUGCUGACAACUCUGACCUCAGACACAACUGGGCUGAUCCCUGGUCCUCACAUAAACUCGUAGCUGAGCCCAGGAACCCCUACCUCCACUCAAAAAGGCUCCUGGAAGGAUGACAGGAUCCUAUCAGAGCCUGCUGAGCUUCUCUUUCUUGCUCUCCUCGUCCAUUCUGAAACAAACGCUCAGACUCUGAAGUGCUUUCCUGUGUCUCUUUGGUAUCGGGCUCGCAGAAACAAAUUAGAGAUGUUCACCAACAGAGAGUAUGCCCAUUUCAGGUAGGCAAUCGCAUACAAGAGGUUAAUGGAAAAUAGAAUCAAAACCUUUAGCAUUUGUGAACUCUCCAAAUUCAGUUUCUUGCGUGUAAGAAAAAAAUCACUGCACAUCAGCUACUCUGGGGCAAGUGAGUUAAGAGGGAGAGUGGAUCAGAUGAAAGAAUAAAACUUGAGCACAAAGUCUUUUAGUAUACUGCCAGGCUUCCUCUCCCUAGAUGUUUGCACUCAGCAGGAAGUAUAAGAUCAAGCACAGUUACCUCACCAACUUUUAUCUCAGUCUUUGACCCCUUUAGACUCCUCUCAAGUCAAAGGGAAGAAGCUUGUUCCUAACACAGGGUAGGGAAGCACUUUUUCUGGCUGAGUGAUGAGGAGCUGCUACAUCUUCGGCAGAGCAGAGAGGAAAUGAGCUCAGAGGGUAAAUCACAGAGCCAUGUAGAAGCUUGUUAAGUACUAGAAGUAGUGUUCCCUAACUAGGAGGCCAUUAGAAAAUUAAAGCUACUGGUGGCAGAUUGUCUGAACUCUUAGGAAAUGCCACUUUUAAACCAAAUAAAUGCAGCAUGUUCUCCAAAUGUUUCCUCUCCCAGCUCAGAGCUGUGGAUGUGUCACUGUAGCCACGAUUAGUUUGUAGGUACGUCUUCACUGCGCCCUCUGAGGUCAGAGAGGGGGAUCAAGGCCAUGACCAGUGAAAGGUCAGCUUUUAGUUACACUUUGUUCUCAAAUAUGAGUGAGAGAGAGAGAGUAAAUUAAAAAAAAGCUUUUAUUCUUGAUAAUGUAUUGAGUUUUAGAUGGUUUUGCACAUGGCGUCCACUUGUUUAUGAGGUAUGCAAUGUUUCUUUUGAGAACGUUCUAGUGGCCUUGGAGCAUUCACAGAGAUAAGUACUGGACCUAAUGCAGGGAUGUGAAUUUCUCUGUAAUACUGGUGCUAGGGUAUGAUGAUAAGGACUUUUGAUCUGAUCCACUGAUCUUUAGGUCACAUCCAAAGUUUCUAUAGAUGUUACUUUAAGCCCAUCUGACCUUUAGUUUUUCGAGUGAAUCUUCGAAGAAUACUAGCGACCCCUUGUUUUUGUUCUUGUAUUUUUCAGAUCACUUAAAAGAUGCAAAAUUAUGCCUCCUUUUAUUGUAUUUUUUGAAAUCUUCAGGGCUGAGGUUUUUAAUUACUAAGUGCAUCUACAUUUACAGGAAAUUAAGGUCACUUUUCAGCAGAUUUUGACUUUUUAGAUCAGUUUGUAAAUAACGUGAUAUUUACCACGUACAGUGACUGAAUAAAGGUAAUUAAGUGGAAGGUGUUGUGCAUUCUUUAAAAAAAAAAUCUGAGAAGUUCAAAGCAGUGCAGUUGUCUUUUGUGUCCAAUUUUGUCCUCAGGACAAAAUGUGUAUGUGACAGUACUGCCAUAACUUGCGGAAAGUCAUGUUCUAUAGAGAUAUAUAUAGAUAUAAUACAUAUAUAUGGAAAUGUUUACUGUAUGGAUAUGCAUUGAAUGUUUGCACAGAAUCUUGAUGAGCGAGCUGCUCUGAUCAAAAUGACCGUCAAGUUAGUGUCCUCAGCAGAAACUGAGAAGUGUCAAAAAAAUAGUGUCAAAAAUAACGUGUGAACUACAAAUGUUUUCAAACCGUGACUGUGUGAUGGGAGAGUACUUUCUUGCAUUUAUUUCUAAUGGUCAUUUUUUUAUAUCUUUUCACCAUACGGUGAUGUAAAUGUAUUAUCCUGAGAUUCCAGUGUUGUCUUUUCUUCUUACUCAUUAUGUCGAUGGUUUAUGUUUCGUUGAUGUCAAAGGCAGCCUGAUGGAUAAAAAUGAGUGUCCAACUAUCACAGCCCUCCUGCUGUUACACCAUUACAUCAAGUGACAAAACACUAAAUCCUGCUGGAAGUUUUUCUAACAAACCUCAUUCAUAUGGUUUAUUUAGAUAAAUCUGGACUAAUGUUUUAACUAAAAGCAGAACACAUCUAGUUUGGAGGUUGUUGGUUUGAUGCUUGUUUUCAUGCUUGGUGUCUGUCAAACCUCCGAGUGGGGUUUAAUUUCUCUGGGUCUCUUAAAAAAAAUCACCACUUGGUUCAGAGGAAGAAGAGAGCAUUUUGAAGUGUUUUGUUUCCCUUAUUUUCAGCCUGUGUCCCUGCCCUUGCCUUAAUGUCUCAUCAUCUCUUUUUCUUGACUCCUUAUUAAGGAACACAGAGCUGAUUAAGGGGCUUCUGUCAACUUCAUGGUAUUUGUUUUUUUUUUUUGUUGUUUUACAUUUGUAUAAGAAAUGUACUGCCUUCUGUCUGUUUGUGUUAAGAAUCAAACUGUGUAAAAAGAAAGCAAAACAGACAUGUUUGUGAGAUCUUUGGAUUUUGUAUGAAUGUAAAUAAAUAAAUUA